AAACACUCUUCCAAACUUCCAGAGGAACGUUUAGAAAGUAUCCAAACUUCUCUGUCUCAUGAAGGCAAGGUUUUGAGACAAUUACUUGAGAGAAAGGCUCCCAAUAAAACAGAAUCACACUUCGCUUGUCCCACUCUCCAUUUUUCAAUUCAAUAAUAUCCCGCUCUUCUUCCUUCAAUGGGAGCGACCAAGCACGACCAAUGGCAGUGGGAGAACGCCACCGCCGGCGCCGCCGCAGGAUUCGCCACCGUCGCCGUUGUGCAUCCCCUCGACGUUGUCAGAACUAGGUUCCAAGUUAACGAUGGUCGAGUCUCUCAUCUUCCCAGUUAUAAGAACACUGCUCACGCCGUUUUCACCAUUGCUCGCUUGGAGGGGUUAAGAGGGUUAUAUGCAGGCUUUCUUCCUGGGGUUCUUGGGUCAACUAUUUCAUGGGGUUUAUAUUUCUUUUUCUAUGACAAAGCCAAACAAAGAUAUGCUAGGAACAGGGAGGAGAAGUUGAACGCAGGUCUUCAUCUUGCCUCGGCUGCUGAAGCAGGUGCUUUGGUUUGCUUGUGCACCAAUCCUGUUUGGCUAGUAAAAACAAGAUUGCAGCUUCAGACUCCUCUUCAUCAGACACGGCCAUACGCUGGGCUUUACGAUGCAUUUAGGACCAUAAUGAGGGAAGAAGGAUUUAGUGCACUUUACAGAGGGAUAGUUCCUGGUCUAUUUCUGCAGGUAUCUCAUGGUGCUAUUCAGUUCACAGCAUAUGAGGAGCUUCGUAAAUUUAUUGUCGAUUUGAAGAGUAAGGGAUGUAAAAUACACCAUCAAAACCCUGAUAAAUUGUUGAAUUCGGUUGAUUAUGCCGUUCUUGGAGCAACAUCAAAAAUUGCUGCAAUACUUCUAACUUAUCCAUUUCAGGUUAUACGGGCUCGAUUGCAGCAACGACCUAGUGGUGAUGGGGUUCCGAGAUAUAUGGACAGUUGGCAUGUUGUGAAAGAAACUGCACGAUUUGAAGGUGUCCGAGGUUUUUACAAGGGAAUUACCCCAAACCUUUUGAAAAAUGCUCCUGCUUCUUCAAUAACUUUUAUUGUUUAUGAAAAUGUUCUAAAAUUUCUUAAAGUGGCUCGAAGGAAUGACUAAGUAUUUUCCUUUUUCCUUGAUGAUUCUUUCGUUCUUUCUGUUUUUGGGGCUUAAUUUCCUCUCUUAUUUGAUAAUAUCAUUGGAAAAUUGCUCAUUUUCCUUAUCCUUUUCAGUGAUGGUAUAGAAAAUAAAAAGAUUUAUUUAGAUAGUUGACUUAACAAAUUUCUAGGGAUAGCUACUGUAAAAUUGUAUAGCUCCUAAGACUGAGUGAGAUAUAUUUGUUGUGUGAGCCUAUACAAC